CGGGGCGGGGCGGGGGCGCGGAGGAGCCCGGGAGGAAGCGGCGGCCGAGCGGCGGCGGUGCGGGCGGCCUCCGGCAGGACUCGGCGCUCAGAGGCCGGAAGGCCCCGCCGGAGGGCGAGUCGCGGCGGGAGAUUAUUUAAUGAAAAGUGACAGAGACUGAAACACGAAACAUGAGGGUAGCAGGUGCUGCAAAGUUGGUGGUAGCUGUGGCAGUAUUUCUACUGACAUUUUAUGUUAUUUCUCAAGUAUUUGAAAUAAAAAUGGAUGCAAGUUUAGGAAAUCUAUUUGCAAGGUCAGCAUUGGACACAGCUGCCCGUUCUACAAAACCUCCCAGAUAUAAAUGUGGAAUCUCAAAAGCUUGCCCUGAGAAGCAUUUUGCUUUUAAAAUGGCAAGUGGAGCAGCCAAUGUGGUGGGACCCAAAAUCUGUCUGGAAGACAAUGUUUUAAUGAGUGGAGUUAAGAAUAAUGUUGGAAGAGGGAUCAAUGUUGCCUUGGUAAAUGGAAAAACAGGAGAAGUAUUGGACACCAAAUAUUUUGACAUGUGGGGAGGAGAUGUGGCCCCGUUUAUUGAGUUUCUCAAGUCCAUACAAGAUGGAACAAUAGUCUUAAUGGGAACAUAUGAUGAUGGAGCGACCAAACUCAACGAUGAGGCACGACGGCUCAUUGCUGAGUUGGGGAGUACGUCUAUUACUAACCUUGGUUUUAGAGACAACUGGGUCUUCUGUGGUGGGAAAGGCAUCAAGACAAAGAGCCCCUUUGAACAGCACAUAAAGAACAACAAGGACACAAACAAAUACGAAGGAUGGCCCGAGGUGGUCGAAAUGGAAGGAUGCAUCCCCCAGAAGCAAGACUAACGCCGGGGACGCUGAGGGAAACGCACUUUCACUAUUCCUGGCAGAGCUGAGACGGAGAAGCCACGUGUAAAUACUCCCGGAGCAUGCAGCCAUCUCGAUGUGUGCAUGAGCAUCAUCCCUUUUGAUAUCAGGAUUAUUUAUUGCUGACGUAAAUAGAUGCCUUUGUAAAUAGUCAUCAUAAUGAGCAAAUCACUGAACCAUUUCUAAGCACAUUUCCCUAAUAAUAGUAGAGUGUUAGACGCCUGCAGGAACGACGGCCUUUAUUCUGGAGGCGUACCCGGUGCCACCUGAACAGAGGGUGAAAAACAUACUGAUACAUAGACUGGUUGCUGUGAAAACCUAUCGUCGAGUAAUAAGGAUUUUGAGGAGGAGACUUUCUUUUCUAUAUGUAUAUAUAUAUAUACGUUCAUGUAUAGAUAUGUAUAUAUAUAUAUAUGUAUGUUGCCUUUUAAUGAUAGUAUCUUUUAAAUUAAAAAGAUGCUUGGCUAGUUGCGUGUGUGCGGCGUUAUUUUGCAGUCUGACUCUCUGGCAUACCUAUUUUCUUAGUGUUUCUCUUCUCUUCCCAAAAACCUAAGAGUAAAUGAUAUGAAAACCUGUAUCAGAUGUGUGAAAAGCACAACAACAUGUUUUUUUUGUUGUUGUUUUUCUUUUCUUUUUUUUUUUUUUUUUAACGUACCCAGUAAAAAAGGAACUCUGUAGAGGUAGCUGGUGUUCAGGGCUGGCGCAGUCUGGGUUUUGAGUGGGCAGCGUGAGUAACUGGAUUUUACAGACCUGCGUAGCGCGCGGCCCCCAGGACCCCCCCGGGAAGCGGCCGCCUGGCUUCCCCGCCCGGACCGGCUGCUGGGGGACAGUCGCGGCGGGGGCCGUGGGGCAACGCUGGCAGAUGUCUCCUUGCCUGCUUGUUAUCAGCAUUGGCCAAGCGGUUUGGAAAGAGGCAUGCUUUAAUAUCACCAUCAUUUUGAUGGUAAACCAAGAAACACAAUUCUGUAGUUACUUCAUCUAAUUUCGUAAUAGUUUUUGCCUGAAGAUACGACGACGUAUGUAGGAAAGUCUUCAUUACUGAGUGGACUGAUAACAUUUAAAAAAGUGAUUUUGUUUGACUCCAGAUGACUUCAUACCCAGUUCUGCAUAAAAUUUUGUUCAUUUGAGAUGUUCACUAAAUGACUCUAGUUUAUUUUGUUUUUGUUUUGUUUUAUUGUUGGGGCAUUAAAUACCUACGGUGUAUGAAGUAUCUUAAACUGGAACAUAAAUUAAUGAUCAAACUACUCACCAUAAAAGGCAGCACUUAAAUUUUGAAUCUAAAUUUUAGAAAACUUGUAUAAAAAAACCUAAAGGCAGUAUUUUUAUUUUGCUGUAAACCAACUUGGAAGCUGUUCAGCUAUUUCUUAAAUAUUAAUGAACUUUGGGGUACUGGUUCUUCUCUCAAACUGAAUGUAAUUCAAGGAUAAAUGCACCUUACACAUUUAAAAGAAUUUUUGUGAACUUUUCAGACUCCUGGUGCUUAUAUGCUAACCCACAUUCCGCGCGUGCAUUUUGACAUUUAAAAUACUUCCCUAGAUUCUGUAAAUUAAAAGAAUAGCUAUUUUCCAGUUCCAGGGAUGGUGAAAUAAAUGUUGCUUUUUUUUGCAUUUUUUUUUUUUAAUGAUUAAAAUACUCUCGGUUUUGCAUUGCGAAUUGUUUUGUAUUGUCUGGCAAAGUAAUAUACCUACGGAACUUCACAGUAACGUCUGUCUAGCAUUUAUUGUACUGGUUAAUAUGGAAAAUUUAAGACAUUCCUGUGUUUAAACACACUAAUAUCCUCAGGAUAUAUCUUAACAUGUAUAGAAUUUAAGUAUCCAGAUGGCAAGACAUCCCUUUCAAGGUAAAAACUACAAAACGAUAGCUUUGUGAAGCUGUACAAAAUGUCAGAAGGGAUAAGGACGGAUCCCGUGGCAGCUUCGGUGCAGUUUGCUCCUCUUUCAGUUCUGUCUUGUAUAGAUUGUGCCAACUUUGGAAGCAAUAAUUAUACUACUUUUCAUAUUCAGAUAUCUUUUAAAAGUCCACAGUAUAAAUGAAGCAAUGUUCCUUUAAUGAUAAGACUUUUCUUCAUUAAAAUCAGAAAUUUGGCAUUGACAUUUUGGUAUAUUAAAUGGUGUAUAAGGAUUUUUGGAUGCAUUUUUUAUUUGUAAUCAAUUUUUUUUUUCUGGAACAAAUGUAUUAUAGUAUGCCUAUUACAAUUAAGCUAUGACAGUAGGAAAAUAAGUGAUAUUUGGGAAAUUAAAGAAAAAUUGAGCCAGAGUCUUUAUAUUCCUGACUUUAAUUUGAUUAAAGUAAAAUUUAUCAUUG